AUGAGGUACUCUCAGCCGAUUCUACUGUCCUGUGUGGCAAGCACCGAGGCCGUAUCAGCAUCGACCAUCCAACCAGGACAGCUUAUCCGAUAUUCUAGCCUGCCAUUUUCAGCGAACAACAGCAGUGUGCCGAUACAUGCGACAGAUGGCAAGCUCACCAUCAAAGGGUCCAAAUCCACCCCCGGCGUCAUAGUGCUUGAUUAUGGAGCCAAUGUCGAGGGCUUUCCGACAUUUCAGGUCCUUUCUGCUAUGGGAGAUACAUCUGGUCUGGAGAUCACGUACAGCGAAUCCAGAGAAGUGCUAGAUAACUACUACAUGAGUGACGGACCUCUCGCCUUAGCGGCAGCUAUGGACACCUACAGAGUCAACCAGUAUAACAUCAGUGGGCCAUUGGCACACACAAACAGGCUCAUCCAAGGAGCCUUUAGAUACCAAAAGUUCAACCUCUCGACAGCAGGCGAACUGGUUCUGGACAACGUUGGAGUGAAGCCCUCAAUUCCAACCACGCCGCUUGAUCGGCUACCAGGGUACUUCGAGUCAUCGGAUGAGGUUCUUAACAGAAUCUGGGCUGUGGGAGCGAGGACUGUUCAAUUGAAUGACAUUCCUGCCAACUCCAUACCUCCAUUUUGGCAGGUCUCGCUCGAAGGAGCCUUGGUGGAAAGCCAAGCACCUCAAGUUCUCUCGGCGGGUGGCAUAGCUGCUGCAUUGACGCAAUACCAGCUUUCGUUCGAAGUAAAACCAAUCGCAAAAGGGUUUGCGUUCUCAGUGCUUGCUGAUACGCUGAAUUCGGGAAUUUACAUCUUCGGCAACAUUGCCAAUGGCUCGAUUUCAGCACACUUCGGGUCAACGGAAGGCUCUCCUCAGAUUGCAUUUGCUACACUGCCGCAGAAUAUCACCACUGAUGUCUGGCACAAAGUACAAGUAAUGGUCAACAUGACCGAAAUCUCUGUCGCUAUCCAAGAGGUCCCAGUUUUGCAGUUCUCGCAGACUUCAUCUUUCUUUGGGUCAUUUGGAUUCGGUGCAGCGCUCGGCCACUCAGCUGUUUUCCGCAACUUGUCCGCAACAAGCUCGUCAGGGGAACCAAUUUAUUCAGCUUCCUUGACUGAUGAUGCUUUCAUGUCUGAUUUCCUUGUCGGUACAAACCCGCAGGAUACCACGGUCGACGGUUCAAAACGCGAUCGGAUUGCGUAUGCCGGUGAUCUAGAUAUCGCGUUGGUGUCUUCACUCGCAAGCACAAACGGUAUCAGCUAUGUUCAAGGCACACUGGAUCUUAUUGGUUCUUACCAGCUGACUCCUGGAUUUUUCGCGCCCAAUGCAAAAAUUCAACAGAAACCGCUCUCCACACCCAUUGACGCCAGCCAAACUGGUCUGAUUGGCUACUCAUUCAACCUUCUCACCGCUGCUGCUGGAUUUUACAAGCGCACUGGCAACGAGAAUCUGCCAAAGGAAUGGGCACCAAGAGCUAUACGCAUGUUGGAUUGGGCAAACUCCCAAGUUCUUCCUGAGAAUGGGUUACUGAACAUCAGCAACGCUGCUUUCGGCGGCGACUGGAACUAUUAUGAUGCGACGCAGAGUGGUGUUGUCUCCAAAUUCAACAUGAUCUACGCAUACGCUCUCCAAGAAUGCAUUACUCUGCUCGCCGACGGUGGCAUCGACACAGAGCCAUACCUCUCGCGACUGGAAGCCUUGCGGGUAGCCAUUGACAAAAACCUUUGGUCGAAUGACAUCGACGCAUACUACGUUUCCGACACCAUCAGAAACGGUUUCGGACAAGACUCGAACGCCUUGGCCAUCCUCGCCGGCGUGAAUAAGAAUAACCAUACUUCAUCGCGAAUUCUGAAGAGCCUUGAACAGCUUUCCACACCUGUCGGUCCCUUUGCUUUCUCGCAAGCAGUCACUGCAUCCGGUUUUGAAAAGUACAUCAGUCCCUAUGCAUCCGCGUAUCAUCUGCGCGCAGCAUUUCAGAGCAAAGACAGCCAGUCUGCUUUAAAUCUUCUAAAAAGUCUUUGGGCACCAAUGGCUGACCCCAAAGGCUCGCAUUACACCGGGUGUUUCUGGGAGACGCUGAAUGCCACUGGUCUGCCCGCACUUGGAAGAACGACUAGUCUGUGCCAUGGGUGGGCUGCAGGUCCGACUGGAGAGCUUAGUGAGCACGUCUUAGGAGUGAGCGCCGUGAAACCGGGCUACAAGGAAUGGAAGAUUGCUCCAAUGACACUUGGGCUGGAUUGGGCGAGGGGAAGGUUGCCUGUUGCGGGUGGUGAGAUUUCCGUGGCUUGGAAUGCUACUGGUAACGUCAUAAAGAGGCUAGAGGUAAAAAGUCCAAGCGGAAGUUUGGGUACAGUGAUCGUCCCUCUAUCAGACGGGAAUGGGUCAACAAGAGGAACCUUUGAUGUCAAUGGUCAGAAAGUAGACGGAAACGGAACAUUUCAUGUCGUAGGAGGAGAGACCUUUAUCUUGACAUAUUCUCCUUGA